UCAAACUGCACUAUCAAAACAAAAUGCUUGUUUCGAUGAAUUAAAUUUUUUUCAUCCACACUUGAAUGAUGGCCUCGAACAUAAGACAUUCGGUAACAAAAUUAGUUCCAUUACUUGAACGGCUUUCAUUGGUACGAAUCAAUCAAGAUGCACUUGAUCGUGUUAUACGAUGUGUUGAAUUUUCCAAACAAAUCGAUCAGAUUGAUGAUAACCAAUUGGCCAAUGUGAAACCAAUGAUAUCACCAAGUGCCGAGAAUAAUGAUUGUAUUUAUAUGCGUGAUGAUUCAAUCGAACCUACUGAUCAUAUUGAAAUAACUAAAAAUGCACAAAAAUUGGUUGAAGAUUAUUUCGUCACCCCUUCUAAACAUAAACAUUAUAGUGAUCUAUGAUUUUUAAAUAUUCAUUUUUGUCUUUGAUAAAUGAUUUUUUUUAUUCAUUC